CGGCGAGAUCGGCGAUGGUGCCUCGCUUUGCAGGGGGAGAAGAAGACAAGGAGUGAGGGACAGGGACAGAGCAUCUGGGCCGUCCAUAGUACAACUACCCCAGAUGCCAGCCGUCCGAUCCGACCAACCAAGCUACUUUCCCCGCCGCGACCGCGGCCCAGUGAGGAGGCCCACGCGGCAACACCCCCUCGAUCUGUGCGAGAGCCCCAGCGGCUCGCCGGUCGCCGGCGAUGAUGGCAGGCCCGGGCCGAGCUCAUGGCCACAGAAACCGCCUCCGCCGCCUCAUCCCGCGGCUCCUCCUCCUCGUCUUCGCCCUCUACGCCGCCUCCUUCGCGAUCUACCUCCUCCUCCAGUCCGAGUCCGAGUCCCAGUCCCAGUCCCACCACCAGUCGCCGCCGGACCCUACCCCGAUGACUGAAGCCCGUGAAGGCGUCGGGGCGCCGCCGUCCUCGCAGAAGCCGUGGCCGCGCCUCCCCUCCUUCCUACCCUGGGUGUCCAGCCGAGCGCCGCCGCCGCACACCUGCGAGGCCUACUUCGGCAACGGCUUCUCCCGCCUCGUGGACGUCCUCCCUGCGGGCGGCGGCGGCGGCUGGUUCCGGUGCCACCACAGCGAGACGCUGGGAAGCUCGAUCUGCGAGGGCGCCAGGGUGCGGCUUGACCCGGCGCUCAUCGCGAUGUCCCGCGGCGGGGAGCCUCUGGAGCAGGUGAUGGGCCGCGCCGAGGAGGAGGAGCUGCCCAAGUACGAGCCCGGCGCGCUGCAGGUUGAGGGGCCGGCGGCGGGUAGGACAGCGCCCCUGGUGGACGCUGGGUUCCUCAACGACUACGUGCCCACCGGCGGGAUCGGUAUGCACACUAUGAAGGCGCUGCUCGAGUCAGCGCGCGUUGUGCCGCCCGGUGAGCUACACUGCUCCCAGUGGGUUGAAGAACCGACACUGUUGGUCACUCGUUUUGAAUAUGCGAACCUUUUCCACACAAUUACAGACUGGUACAGUGCAUAUGUUAGUUCCAGAGUCACGAAUUUACCAAACCGUCCUAAUGUUAUAUUCGUGGAUGGGCAUUGCAAGGCACAAUUGGAGGAAACAUGGGAAGCACUUUUCUCAAGUGUGACAUAUGCUAAGAAUUUCUCUGGUCCUGUUUGUUUCCGACAUGCCAUUCUUUCACCAUUGGGCUAUGAGACUGCCUUGUUUAAGGGCCUUAGCGAGAGCUUCAGCUGUGAAGGUGCCUCCGCAGAGUCCCUCCGAGAAAAAACGGACUAUGAGAAAACAUCACGGUUAUCUGAAUUCGGGGAAAUGAUUGUAGCUUCGUUUGAUCUUCUGCAGGAUGACAUCAUGUCAUCCAAAAAAUCAAAUGGGCUCAAUGUUCUCUUUGUUCGGCGAGAAGACUACUUGGCCCACCCCCGCCACAGUGGUAAGGUUGAAUCCAGACUAAGCAAUGAGCAGGAGGUGUAUGAUGCAAUUGACAAGUGGGCACAAGGCCUGAAAUGCAAAGUGAAUGUCGUCAACGGUCUUUUUGCCCACAUGACCAUGAAGGAGCAACUGCGUGCUAUCCUGGAAGCUUCAGUGGUAAUAGGGGCUCAUGGAGCCGGUCUAACACACUUAGUUUCAGCAACUCCUGAUACAAAGGUUCUUGAGAUUAUCAGCAGCAUGUACCGGCGCCCACAUUUUGCACUGAUCUCACACUGGAAGUCUUUAGAGUACCAUGCCAUAAAUCUCCCUGGGUCAUUUGCAAGGAUCACAGAUGCCAUCAGUGAGUUGAGAAAAAUACUGGAAGGUCUCGGAUGCUGAAACAGAGGUACUCAUCAAAGCCACCACAAGCCAUGCAGAAUGGAUAACGUGUCUACUUCAUCAUACAUACCUGGUUACAUUAACUUCACCGAUGCAUACGAGUUUUAAUUCGAGGGGAGUGUUUCACAGAUUAUUUCGGCCACUGUGACAAGAACCGGAUCAUUCCCAGUUCCCAAGAAAGAAUUUUAUUAUGCUGCCAAAUGCAGAAAGCCAAGAAAGCAAUCCUCUGCCUGGUUUGUUUCUGACAAUGUUAACACGGUCCACUCUAUAUUUGGACAUGAUUGUAGGACCACAAUCUUGACCAAACUAUAUUCUUUUCUGGUCAUAGAUUAGCAUAUCUUUUGUAUGUUACAUGUUGAGUACUUUCGCAUUGUUCAGGUCUGAUAGAAAACAGCAUAGGUUCCUCCUUUGUGCAUGGUGUAUGAUUUGCUCAGUUUUGUGAACCCACGGAAGCGAGGUCGCCAAGUACAAGAGCGGCAACAUAUGUCGUCUGCCUGAUCAUUUUCUAACAUGAAUGAAAUGGUAUUGGAGGGGGGAAAUGAAAUGAAA